UCCGCUCCCUCCGCCCCGCUCGCACUGUUUGGGAGCAACCGGCCGAGCCAGCGGCGCCCCGGCCCCGCCAGCGCAGCGAGGCCUCCCGCGGACCGGCCCUCGCCCAGCCCCGGCGCGCACCCCCGGCCCUCUCCCUGUUCGUCAUGUCCCUCAAGCAAACGGCGGCGGCGGCGGCUCAGGCCGCCGGCAACAACCGCAAACCCCCCGGCAGCAGCAGCGGCGGCGGCGGCCCUGGCCUCCCGUCAGCCGCAGGCGGCGGGAGGCAGAACAUGGGCAGAGGUCGCAGCAGUGGCAAAGGACCGCCUCAGCCUACAAUUUCUUUUGAUGGCAUCUAUGCGAACAUGAGAAUGGUUCACAUCCUUACAUCAGUUGUUGGAUCCAAAUGUGAAGUACAGGUGAAAAAUGGUGGUAUAUAUGAAGGAGUUUUUAAAACCUACAGUCCUAAGUGUGAUUUAGUGCUUGAUGCUGCUCAUCGGAAAACUGCGGAAUCCAGUUUGGGGCCAAAACGUGAAGACAUUCUAGAGAGUAUCUUGUUCAAGUCUUCAGACUUUGUUAUGGUGCAUUUUAAGGAUAUGGAUACCAAUUAUGCCAGAAGAGAUGCUUUUACUGACUCAGCCAUCAGUGCUAAAGUAAAUGGAGAACACAAGGAGAAGGAUCUUGAACCAUGGGAUGGAGGAGAGACCACCGCUACCGAGGAGCUUGAGGCUUUAGAGACAGAUGUUUCUAAUGGAUGGGAUCCCAAUGACAUGUUUCGUUACAAUGAAGAAAAUUAUGGUGUAGUAUCAACUUACGACAGCAGUUUAUCUUCUUACACGGUGCCAUUAGAAAGAGAUAAUUCAGAAGAGUUUUUAAAACGGGAAGCCAGAGCAACUCAAUUAGCAGAGGAAAUUGAAUCAAGUGCCCAAUACAAAGCUCGGGUUGCCUUGGAAAAUGAUGAAAGAACAGAAGAAGAAAAAUACACUGCUGUUCAGAGAAAUGCUAAUGAACGAGAAGGACAUGGUGUGAACACUAGAGAAAAUAAAUACAUUCCACCUGGACAGAGGAAUAGAGAUGUCUUGCCCUGGGGAAGUGGAAGACAAAACUCACCAAGGAUGGGCCAGUCUGGAUCGGGCCCUCCAAUUUCAAGGUCUGGAUCUCAUACUUCAGAAUUCAGUCCUAACUCUGGAGCAGAUCAAAGAGUAGUUAACGGAGGUGUUCCCUGGCCAUCGCCUUGCCCAUCUCCUUCCUCUCGCCCACCUUCUCGCUACCAGUCAGGUCCCAACUCUCUUCCACCUCGGGCAGCCACCCCUACACGGCCGCCCUCCAGGCCCCCCUCGCGGCCCUCCAGGCCCCCGUCUCACCCCUCUGCUCAUGGUUCUCCAGCUACUGUCUCUACUAUGCCUAAACGCAUGUCUUCAGAAGGGCCUCCACGGAUGUCUCCUAAGGCACAACGGCACCCUCGAGGUCACAGAGUCUCUACUGGUAGGGGUACAAUUUCAAGUGGCUUAGAAUUUGUAUCUCAUAAUGCACCAGGGGAAGCAUCUACUACUGCAGUGGCACGAGGCAGCCCUUCAGGUGGGACGUGGUCAUCAGUUGUCAGUGGGGUUCCAAGAUUAUCCCCCAAAACACACAGGCCUAGGUCUCCAAGGCAGAGCAGCACUCCCACGGGACCAGCUCUGCCUUCUCCUCAGCCUGGUACUAUUCCCACUGAAUCUGUUGCCAUGCCUGUUCCAGCUGCCUCUCCUACACCUGCCAGCCCUGCAUCCAACAGAGCUGUCACUCCUUCCAGUGAAGCUAAAGAUACUAGGCUUCAGGACCAGAGGCAAAAUUCUGCAGCUGGAAACAAAGAGAAUAUAAAACCAAGUGAGACUUCUCCUAGUUUUCCUAAACCUGAAAACAAAGGUGUAUCUCCAAUUGUUUCAGAACAUAGAAAACAGAUUGAUGAUUUAAAGAAAUUUAAGAAUGACUUUAGGUUACAGUCAAGUUCCUCUUCAGAUGCAGUGGAUCAGCUGCUAAACAAAACUCGAGAAGGUGAAAAAUCAAGAGAUGUAGUUAAAGAAAAGACAGAAUCAACCCCUAAAGAAUCUAUCAUAGAAACUGGCAGUAAUACUAACUCCAAUGGUGGCAGUAGCAAACCUAAUAGCCCAAGUAUUUCUCCUUCAAUAAGUAAUAGUUCUGAGCAGAAGAGAGGCCCUGAGGUAACUUCACAAGGUGUACAGACUUCUGGGCCGGGGAGUAAACAAGAUAAAGAGGAUAAAGAGGAGAAGAAAGAUACUUCUGAGCAAGUUAGAAAAUCAACACUUAAUCCUAAUGCAAAAGAGUUCAACCCUCGGUCUUUUGCUCAGCCGAAACCUUCUACUACACCAACCUCCCCUCGUCCUCAAGCUCAGCCUAGCCCCUCCAUGGUGGGUCAUCAGCAGCCGACCCCAGUGUACACUCAGCCUGUUUGUUUUGCACCAAAUAUGAUGUACCCGGUUCCAGUGAGUCCAGGCGUGCAGCCUCUGUAUCCUAUUCCCAUGACGCCCAUGCCAGUGAACCAAGCCAAGACAUAUAGAGCAGGUAAAGUACCAAAUAUGCCACAGCAACGGCAAGACCAACACCACCAGAGCACCAUGAUGCAUCCUGCUUCUGCAGCAGGCCCUCCAAUUGUAGCUACGCCACCUGCUUAUUCAACACAAUAUGUUGCAUAUAGUCCCCAACAGUUUCCUAAUCAGCCUCUUGUGCAGCAUGUGCCACACUACCAAUCUCAGCAUCCUCAUGUUUAUAGCCCUGUAAUACAGGGCAACGCUAGAAUGAUGGCACCACCAACACACGCACAGCCGGGUUUAGUAUCUUCUUCUGCAACACAGUAUGGUGCGCAUGAACAGACGCAUGCUAUGUAUGCAUGUCCCAAAAUACCAUACAGCAAGGAGACAGGCCCUUCUUUCUACUUUGCCAUUUCCACUGGCUCACUUGCUCAGCAGUAUGCCCACCCUAAUGCUACCCUGCAUCCGCAUCCUCCGCAUCCUCAGCCUUCUGCCACACCAACUGGCCAGCAGCAAAGCCAACAUGCUGGAAGCCACCCUGCUCCUAGCCCCGUGCAGCAUCAUCAGCACCAGGCUGCUCAGGCACUCCACCUGGCAAACCCACAGCAGCAGUCGGCAAUUUACCACGCAGGUCUAGCUCCAACCCCACCUUCCAUGACGCCAGGCUCCAACACGCAGUCUCCACAAAAUAGUUUUCCUACAGCACAACAAACAGUCUUCACCAUUCAUCCCUCCCAUGUUCAACCUGCAUAUACCAAUCCGCCACACAUGGCCCAUGUCCCCCAGGCUCAUGUACAGUCAGGAAUGGUUCCUUCUCACCCAACUGCCCAUGCUCCAAUGAUGCUAAUGACGACACAGCCACCUGGUGGUCCCCAAGCCGCCAUCGCUCAAAGUGCACUACAGCCCAUUCCAGUCUCGACAACAACACAUUUCCCCUAUAUGACGCACCCUUCAGUACAAGCCCACCACCAACAGCAGUUGUAAGGCUCAUCUGGAAUAACUGAAAGGCUGGAUACCUUUUGUAGGCCAAAUACCCUCCUUCUACUGCUUCUGCCAACUGGAAGCACAGAAAACCUAGAAUUUCAUUUUAUUUUGUUUAAAAAAAAAAGACAAAAAAAAAAAGAGGAAAGAGGAAAAAGA